AUGAGCUUCGCACCUCUCAACCCUCGCCCUAUGCUUCAGGAGCUUGUCAGCAAGCAGGUUCUUGUUCGUCUAAAAUGGGGUGAGGUCGAAUACAAGGGAACCCUGGUCUCCAUCGACAGCUACAUGAACCUCCAGCUUUCUGGCACCGAGGAGUACAUCGCCGACAAGCCUACCGGUUCGCUAGGUCAAGUACUGAUCAGGUGCAAUAACGUGUUGUGGGUGCGCGGAGCAGAUGCAGGAAGCGACGCAGACGCUGCUAUGACUGGCUGA